CCUCACUUCGCUUCCUCUCCUCUUCUCGACAGCAUCCACAACUAUAGCUGCAACCGUCCCCAUCACUCUUUUUUCCUCCCCCCUCCUCUCUCUCUCUCUCUCUCUCUCUCUGCCAGAUCUCUGUCCUCUGCGGCUCUCACCCCUUCGCCCUCCCCACACCCAGCCACCACCACCACCACCACCUCCACCUCUCCAGCUCAGUCCCUCACUCCUCUGACGCACGCCAGGGAAACGGACCCGAAGAAAGAGAGGAGGGAAGAAAAAAAAAAACACAUCAGCAGCUGACUGCAACCGGCCGAUAUGAUCCAGAGACUGCACCGGACAGAGACGCGGUCCUGAAGCCGAGAGGAGAACACUCUCACCCGGCCACAGUGCUGCUGAGCGCUCGCCCGGGAGGAGGCGGCGGCAGAGUCGCAGGAGAAGGAGAAGCAAAAGGAGGAGGAGGAGAGGGGAGGAAGAGGAAGCGGACGGGCAGAAGUCAAGGACUUGCAUUUUAAGCAAACUGCAAAGAGAGAGGGAAAAAAAACGAGGAGACGAGAGAGAAGAGGAGAGAGUCAGAGCUCAUCCGAGAGCGAGAGUGGGGGGAGAUCGCAUUCCUAUCACGUCUUCAUUUCUCCCCUCUCCUCUUUUUUUUUGCUUCGGAGAGGGAGGGAGAGAGAGAGGGAAGGAGGGAGGGAGAGAGAGAAAGAAAGAACGAGCAAGAGAAGAGAGAGAUCUAACAAGAUUCAAACUAGUGGUCUUUUCCCCCCGAUGCUUUCCAAUUGCAGAAGGAGACUGAGCCCGGCAUCGGACGGUGAGCGGGACGCACCGGGCAACCACAGGACACACCACAGGAGGAGAUGUGAAGUUGGAAUCCCACUAAACUAAUGCUGUGAAGUGGCUCCGUCCCUGGAGCCAAGACUUCAUCCCCUUGGUGUCAGCGAGGAUGCUGUGGGUUACCUUGCUGAGCACCAUAGCCUUAGGAUGGACCACCCCGAUCCCACUACUAGAGGACUCCGAAGAGAUCGACGAGCCCUGCUUCGAGCCCUGCUACUGCGAAGUCAAAGAAGGCAUCUUCCACGUCCACUGUGACAGUAAAGGAUUUACAAAUGUCAGCCAAAUCUCGCAGAUAUGGAGCCGGCCCUUCAAGCUCAACCUGCAGAGAAACUCCAUGAGGAAGCUUUACUUUAACAGCUUCCUCCAUCUCAACAAUGCCAUAUCCAUUAAUCUGGGUAAUAACGCUUUGCAAGAUAUCCAUGCUGGAGCGUUCAAUGGCUUAGGAAUACUCAAGCGGCUGUUCCUACAUGAAAACAAACUAGAGGUUUUCCGGAAUGACACUUUUCUGGGAUUGGAGAGUUUAGAAUAUCUCCAGGCGGACUACAACGUUAUCAAAAGGAUUGAAAGUGGUGCGUUCCGGCACCUUCACAAGUUGAGAGUGCUGAUAUUAAAUGACAAUCACAUCCCCGUGCUCCCAAACUAUCUUUUCCGGUCCGUAUCACUCACACAUCUGGACCUAAGAGGAAACAGACUAAAGACAUUGCCGUACAAGGGCACACUGGAGUAUGUUGGGAGGAGCUUAAUGGAAAUUCAGCUGGAGGAGAACCCCUGGAACUGUGUGUGUGAGAUUGUCCAGUUGAAGACGUGGCUGGAGAGAAUCCCUUACACAGCUCUGGUGGGUGAGAUUACGUGCGAGUUCCCAUUCCACUUACAUGGGAAAGACUUACGGGAAAUCAAGCGCAGUGAGCUCUGUCCUCUGCUCUCUGAUGCAGAGAUUGAGGCCAAGCUGGGAAUUCCCCGGGUCCCGUUUAGCAAUGAGAACACAUGGCCUACUAAACCGUCCUCCAUGCUCUCCUCUUUUCACAACACAGCAUCUUCUGUGGAAUAUAAGGAACGAGUUCUCAAGCCAACCAAACGACCUCGGCCCACAAAGAACCCUCCAACCCCUCACAGCAUAUACCCAGGCAUCAAUCAACCCCCUAUUGCUGGCUACCAAACAAGGCCUCCCAUCCCCAUAAUUUGUCCAGCUGGAUGUAUCUGCAACCUCCACAUCAACGACCUGGGGCUAACGGUGAACUGUAAGGAAAAAGGCUUUCACAACAUCUCUGAGCUCCUGCCACGGCCCCUAAAUGCCAAGAAAUUGUAUCUCAGUGGGAACCUAAUACAGAAAAUCUACCGUUCCGAUUUCUGGAAUUUCUCCAGUUUGGAUUUACUGCAUUUAGGGAAUAAUCGCAUAUCCUAUGUCCAAGAGGGGGCAUUUAUUAACCUGCCAAACUUAAAAAGUCUAUAUUUGAAUGGGAAUGACAUUGAGAAGCUCACUCCUGGGAUGUUUCGGGGGCUUCAGCUGCUCAGGUAUCUUUACUUUGAGUAUAAUGUCAUACGUGAGAUACAACCUAAUUCCUUCUCCCUAAUACCGAAUCUCCAGCUGGUUUUCCUGAAUGACAAUCUGCUACGCUCCCUCCCCAAUGACGCCUUUGCUGGCACCAACCUUGCACGCCUCAACCUCCGCAAAAACUACUUCCUUUCCCUGCCUGUGCGCGUUCUGGAGCAUCUGACAUCCAUUGUCCAGAUUGAUCUCCAUCAGAACCCAUGGGACUGCUCCUGCGAUAUCAUCCCCCUCAAACAGUGGGUGGAAAAGCUCUCCUCUGUAAUUGUAGUCGGGGAUGUCAUUUGCAAGACACCUGAGUUUGCUUUUGGCAAGGACCUGCGAUCACUGGAGGUCGAGGUCAUCUGUCCUGAGCUUAAAUAUUCUUCAGGGCCUUCGCCAGCCCUGCCUGGUGGGGAUGACCUCACCACAGGCAGCUCGGAAAUGGGGGAGGCAGGUGGAAGAGGAGCUGUUCCACUGUCUGUUCUCAUCCUCAGCCUACUCAUCCUCUUCAUAUCUGCCGUGUUUGUGGCUGCGGGGCUUUUUGCUUUUGUUCUCCGUCGCAGGAAGAAGCUGCCCUUCCGGAAACGUUCUGAAGUAGAUCUGACAGGGCUACAGAUGCAGUGCAGGAUUUUUGAGGAUCCACCGAGGCAGAGUAGUGCCUGUAACACAGGCACACCAGAGAAACCGACACCCAGUAUUCAUACACACACUCACAGUAGUCAUGCACAUGCCCAUGGUCACGUUUAUGAUUACAUCCCCCACCCGGUGACUCAGAUGUGUAACAACCCCAUCUACAAGCCUAGAGAGGGGGAGAUAACAGAGGAGGACAGAGCACACUUUUCAGAGAAAAAAGACAAUGGCAGCAGUUGCAACAGUAACUACAGAACCUUGUUAGAGAAAGAGAGAGAGUGGACCCUGGCCGUCUCCAACUCUCAACUCAACACCAUCGUCACAGUCAACCACUCCACGGCUGACAUGGCAGGAUUUCACGAGAAUGGAGGGCUCUGCCCUACAGUGAUUGACAGUCAGAGGCCCACGCCGACAGUGGGCUUUGUAGACUGUUUGUAUGGGACAGUACCAAAAUUAAAGGACAUGCACGUGGCGCAUGCGCACCCACCAGGCAUGCAGUACCCUGAUUUGCAGCAGGAUGCACGGCUGAAGGAGACAUUGCUUUUCACGGCGGGGAAAGGCUGCUACCCCGACCCGUCCCAAAGCGAUUACCUCGAGUUAAGGGCCAAACUUCAAACCAAGCCGGAUUACCUCGAAGUCUUGGAAAAAUCGUACCGAUUUUAACAUCCCAUGGAGAAAAAAAUUCAAUUUAUGAAUUCAAACAUUCACUUUGCCACCUAAAUCACCCAAAACCAAUACUGAAAAACAAACAUGAAAAAGCAGCAUGAUAUAAAAUUAAAUAUUAUACUACAGUUACAACAACAUUUCCCCCGAAAUCACUUUGGAGGAGAGGCCAUUCUCAGAUAUCUCAAUGAAGUGCCUUUUUUUCAGAGUAGCCAGCAAUGUCAACAGCCGUUAUUUUUAUAAUAUAUACAUAUAUAUAUAUCUAUAUAUAUAUAAAUAUCUCUUUAUGCCCAAGAGAGAACAAGAGAAGAACGAGAGGGGCCCGGGGAACAAAACAUACAAAACAUCCUAAAAUACAUCUGUUACUAAAACCCCUUUUUAUGGAGUUACCAUGAUGUGGAAGACACACGGGAGCUGGACGUCUCCCUGAUUUGGGGGUUUUCUUUCUGCCUCUUUUACCCCUGACUAGGAUGUACAAACACCCGGAGGCCAUGCACAUGAAGUUUGCAGGAAAUGAUUGAAAGAGAGAAAAAAAAAAAAAAUAAGAAUACCUAUGUUAAAAUGAACUGCAGUUUGCUGCAUGCACUCGCUUCACUUCAGGAAGCGAGGGGGGAUUUAUUCAGAACUAUCACAUCACAUUAUGAACUGAGAUACUGCAACACAUUUACUGUUCAGUGUUCUAUUUAAUUUUUAUAUCUUAUUAAUAUGUUAUUACUAUUAAUGAGGACUUCUGUCUAUAUCAGGGUGCUUCUCGUAACAAGGACGCGCCGACGCACGGAUGGUAAAACAUUUGUGAAUAUUAUUAUAAGACAAUGCUCAAGGUUUUAUGGAUAUUUCCAUGCACUUUGUUAAGACCCCCCUCUCAUUGCUUCUGGAUUCCCCAUUAUCACCCACUAACGGCUUUGUAGGAGGCACUUUUAAUGUUUUCUCUCUCACAAAGAUUUGAAGAAAAAUGUGCAUAUAUUUAUUCUGUAAUUUCAGUGAAGAAUUUAAUUGUAAAGGUAAUGUUAAAUCAAUGUAUAGUGAUUAUGCGUCUGGUAUAGCCUUCUUAAUAAAAACAAACUCUUCAAUGAAA